AUGGAUGUUUCGACUCCUGCAUCUUCGCCUGUCAAACCAAAUUUGAACUUAGAGAAGAAUGGAGAGGAAGACAGAGUUGAUGCAACUUUGUUCAAACAAAUUGUAGGAUCUCUGAGAUAUGUGUGCAAUAGUCGACCUGAUAUAGGUUUUUCAAUCAGAUUAAUGAGCAGAUACAUGAGUGAACCAAGGGUGUCACACAUGAAGGUUGUAAGAAGAACCCAGAGAUACUUAAAAGGAUCGAUAAACUAUGGGAUUUUAUUUCAACGAGAUUCUGAAAGAAAAGAAGUUAUGGUUACCUGCUAUGCAGAUGCUGAUUGGUGUGGAGAUAAGGAAGAUCGAAGAAGCACAACUAGUUAUUUCUUUCAAGUUUUUGGUGCCUCAAUCUCAUGGUGCUCGAGAAAGCAACAUGUGAUGGCAUUGUCAUCGUCUGAGGUUAAAUAUAUAGCAGGAUCUUAUGUUGCAUGUCAAGCAAUUUAG